AGUCCUAAACCAACUUUUUUGGAUUCCCCAUAUUUCCACGGAAAAAAAAGUCUGCAGACAGCAGCUCUGCACAUCACAUAGAGACUCUCCACCAACACUUCCCGCAUAGCGCCUCAUCCUUCCCCAAUUCUAACACUUGCUUCGAUGUCCAUGGCCUACAAGAGAACCCGAGAAGCCUCUUCUUCCAAGUCUUCCACCCGUCGACGGAAUCACGACGUCUUCUUAAGUUUCAGUGAAGAUGAAAGCAACAAAAUUAUCAUCGAUGGUCUCUACAAUGAUUUGGUCCAAAAAGGGGUUCGCACAUACAGGGGUGAACACAAGCGAGGAAAGAAAUCAAUUGAAGAGUCAAGAAUCGCCAUAGUCGUUUUCUCAAGAAAUUAUGUUUCUACGAUAUGGUGUCUGGAUGAACUGGUGAAGAUCCUUGAAUGUAGGAGCAGGCUUGGACUAACUGUUAUCCCUGUUUUUAGUGAUGUGGAUCCCUCGGAUGUCCGAAAACAGAAGGGUAGUCUAGAAGAUGCGUUUGCCAGACAGGGAGAGAAUUUCAAGGAGGAAAAGGAGAAGGUGGAGAGGUGGGGGAAAGCCCUCACACAAGCGGCUAAUCUUUCUGGUUGGGAUCUGCGAGAUGUUGCCAAUGGGCACAUGACAAGAUUCAUCCAAAGAAUUGUUGAAGAUGUUUUGGCUAAACUAAGUCGGACAACAUUGGAUGUCUCUAGUUAUGCAGUUGGACUAGACUCCCGUGUGAGAGAGAUGAAUGCAUUUUUAUGUUUUUCUUCAUUUGAUGUUCGUAUUAUUGGGAUUUGUGGUAUUGGUGGAUUAGGUAAGACAACCAUUGCAAAGGCAGUCUAUAAUGAAAUUUAUCAUAGAUUUGAAGGUUGCAGUUUUCUUGAGAAUGUUAGAGAAAUUUCAAAGCAACCCAAUGGUCUAAUUCAUUUACAAGAAAAACUCCUUUCUGAUGUCCUUAUGAAAAACUUGAAGAUAAACAAUGUUGCUAGGGGAAUAAAUGUGAUAAGACAAAGGCUCUACGCUAAAAGGGUUAUUGUUGUUAUUGAUGACGUAGAUGAAUCGGACCAACUGAAUGCUUUGGCUAUCAAGCACGAUUCUUUUGGUAUGGGAAGUAGAAUCAUUGUCAUAUCACGAGAUGAGCAUUUCUUAAAUGAGGCUGGAGUACUUGAAAUAUAUAGGCCUCAAGAGUUGGACCCCCGCGAAUCUCUUCAACUCUUCAGCUGGCAUGCAUUUAGAAAGGAUUGUCCCCAUGAUGACUACAUGGAGCUUUCAAAGGAGGUAGUAGAGUAUGUGAAAGGACUUCCAUUAGCUCUUGAAGUUAUAGGUUCUUUGAUGUUUGACAAAAGAAGCUUAUCUGAAUGGAAGAGUGCAGUAGCCAAAUUAAAAUGUACUCCUGAUAAUCAAAUUCAAGAGAAACUUAGAUUAAGUUUUGAUGCUCUGGAUGAUGCAGAGAAGGACAUAUUCCUUGACAUUGCAUGCUUCUUUAUUGGAAUGGACAAAGAUUGCGCUAUUAAAAUACUUGAUGGCUGCAAGUUGUUCCCAGAGAUCGGAAUUAGUGUUCUCACUCAAAGAUCUCUUGUAAUAAUUGAUGACAUGAAUAAAAUAAAGAUGCAUGAUCUUCUUCGAGACAUGGGAAGAGAAAUCGUUUGUGAAGAAUCUCCUGAGAAACCUGGAAGACGUACCAGAUUGUGGUUCCAUGAUGAUGUUUGUGACGUAUUGGUGAAUCAUGAGGGAACCAAAUCUGUUGAAGGCCUCAUACUGAACAUGUUUAACUUUGAAGAUGUGUCUUUUAAUGUCAAAGCAUUCACAAACAUGGAACGAAUAAGAUUGCUUCAACUAAAUUAUGUAUACCCAAAGGGGGAUUAUGGAGAACUUCCUAAGAAGUUAAGAUGGCUUUGUUGGCAUGGAUUCCCAUUGAAUUCUAUACCUUCGAAUUUUGACAUGGAUUAUCUUGUUGUUCUUGACAUACAAAAUAGCAAAAUUAUAGAAGUUUGGAAGGAAAUCAAGCUGCUGAACAGGUUGAAAAUACUAAAUCUUAGUCAUUCACGUUAUUUGGUUAGAACUCCUAACUUCUCAGGACUCCCUAAUCUUGAGAAACUCAUACUUAAAGGUUGUAUUAGUCUGGUUGAAAUUCAUGAUUCCAUCGGAUUUCUUGGCAAGCUGGUUACCUUGAAUCUGGAAGAUUGUCAUAAACUUAUGGAUCUUCCGAACAGCAUUUGUAAGUUGGGAUCUCUUGAAACUUUCACUCUCUCUGGUUGCUCCAAAAAAGUGCGAUCUAAUUCGCGGUUCUCCCAAUAUUUUGGUACUCUGAGAAGAAAGCCGAAUUCCAUCACUUUUCUUCCAGCUUCUUUCACUGGUUUAUGCUCCUUAACCUUAUUAUCUCUCAAAGAUUGCAAUCUCUCCGAGAAUUUAAUUCCUGACGAUUUUGGGAGCUUAUCCUCAUCAUUGGAAUCCUUAAGUUUGAAUGGAAACCGAUUUUGUACUCUACCGGCCAGCUUUGGUAAUUUUUCUCGUCUCUUCAGCCUUUCACUGGAGAAAUGUGAAAGUCUACAACAAAUAAUGGAGCUUCCAUCAAGUUUAAGAUAUUUGGAUCUGGGACAAUGCCCAUUACUGGAAAGAUUACCAGGAAAUAUCAGUGAUGUUUCUCAACUAUUCUCUCUUGAUCUGGAGGGAUGCUCAAAGUUGCAGUCACUCCCAGAGCUUCCAUCAAAUAUAUCCCAGUUGCGAACGGAUGGUUGCACAUCUUUACAAGAAGUUGUAAAUAUUAGGAACUUAUCUAAAUUAGAUAAUUUAUUUAUCAACUAUGAUCUUUUCUGUUCUAUAUCAGAUGAAAUAAGUGACCAUACUAGGAUCGAUAACAUUUCUUUGGUAGGCUGUAAGAAACCUCAAACAGUGCCAAAGCUUUCAUCAAGUUUAUUGAGUUUGUAUGUUGAAGGUGACACAUCAAUGUUGCUUCUCAAUUGUGGUGAGAUCCAGAGCCUGGAGACUCCUCAAUUUGUGCAAGGCAUCCACAUGGAAACAGGGUGCUACCAUCUGGGCAACACUUUGAGGAAGAAAAGCCUUUUUCAGGUUCUCUCUCUCUCUAUCUCUCUCUCAUCUCUAGCUUUGGUAGUGUUUUUAAAAGUCAUGAAUUCUGUGGAACAGGGUUUAUAUAGAGAGUUUGAAGUAUGGGGUUCAGGGAAUGAGGUUCCAAAGUGGAUCAGCCAUCAAAAUGUAGGGUCUUCAAUAUCCUUUGUGGUAUCUGAUCUCUGUUCAGGUUGUAAGAUCCAAGGGUUGGAUAUGUCUGCAGUUUUUUUAGCUAAGAAAGAAACUAAAUGGUUUAUUUCUCGCCCUACAAUUUGUAAUAAAACCAAAGGUAUUCAAUGGGGACCCAUUGAUGGAUUUGAUCAGAUGGCAUACCAACCAGAUCAAGAUCUACUGUGGGUGCGCCAUUUAACAUUUCAUGAUCUUUGGGAUUACUCAGUGGGUCAAGCCAGAUAUGGGGCUCCCUUUGAAGUAGGUGAUCAAGUGGAGAUUUCAGUAGAUUUUGAGCUUGUCCCUCCAGGAAGUGUGCAAGUGAAGAAAUGUGGAGUCCUUCUGGUACACAAGCUUGAUGAGGAGACCCAUUCAGAUGAUGAUCGACCAAUGAAGCAACACAUCUCUGCUUCUGCUUCUGAUUCUACUUCUACCCAUUCAGAUGAUGAUGUUCUUAUCCAUGGAGAAGAAUUAGUUUCCUCCUACAAGGAAGGUGAGAAUUAGACUCGCCAUAACGAGUACCCGGCAGAGUCUAGUAGUAAUCUCAGAAGGUCAAGGAUUGGCUAGGGAUUCCUGCAUUGUUUAAAUUCCCUAUGGAGGAAAAGCUUCCCUCCGUUGUAAACGUCUGUACAUAGUCACAUCUUUGAUCACUUCACCUUUGUCUUUGCAUAGCUGAUGAUUCUAUUAUAUUGGAAAGUAACAUGGUUUUUUUUCUAACAUGCCAGUGCUUUUUAGCAUGUCAAGAGUGAAGCAACACCCUUUGGUUCAAGACUAUUCCUUUCCUUGAUCUAGCCACUUCUAUUCCCAUAAAAGAUUUAAGGUUAUCGAGAUCAUUAAUUUCAAACUUAUUCUUCAUGGAUUGAAAGUGAUGGAGAGGAUCACGUCUGCAUGCUCGGGCAGCCAUCGAAACCGAACAACGGAAGCCUUCCAGGUUCUAGUGGCGGGAUCAAUGAAAUCAGCCACUGAAGAAGGUGUGUCAUGGGGAAGAGAAGCCCAUCUCGUGUGAAGCCAGGGGUAAGGCUGCGACACUUGCCCUUCCUAGACCUUGCAGUAGUUGGGCUGUGUGAGCCUCGUGCAUUGGGUUGUUUUUUUUUUCUGUUUAAUGGUGAAGAGCUCAUUUCACAUGGACCAUUUCAUUUACAAUCUUGAUAAGAGUAUUCAACUCUUUACUAAAAAAAAAACUAUUCCAUUGGAGUCUCUUGACAUGUAUUGGACCUAUUGGUUACUUUGAAACAAAAUCUUUUUUUUUUUUUUU